AUGAGUUUGCAGCAUUCUUUCACACUCUUGAUCAUCCCAAGGAACCACAAGAUUCACGAAUCGCAUGCGGAGUCGAGGUGGUGUAUGGAUGAGUUGGUGAAGAUUAAGAAACUUGCGGAUAAAGAAAAGCUUCGAGUCAUCCCAAUCUUCUACAAGGUGAGACCACGAGACGUGAGAAAACAGACGGGUGAGUUUGGUGACAACUUCUGGACGCUCGCGAGAGCUUCUAGUGGAGAUCAGAUCAAGAAGUGGAAAGAAGCGUUGGGAUGCAUCUUAUCCAAGGCCUCUGAAGCCGAUUUUGUCAAGGAAAUUGCUAAAGAGGUUGUGAGAGCUACAGCAGCAAUUGGACUCGAGGAAGAAGAAAAACAUUUUGGGAUAAAAAAGGAAUGCAAUUACGAAUGUGAGCUUCCCGAUUUCAAGAGGAGCAAAAAAGUUGUAACGUAA